AUGUCGGCCCCGCCGUCCAAUACUUCGGCUCCAUCUACUACUACUCCUCCUGCAGCCCCAGCCCGGUCGCCUCCUUCUCCAAGCACUCCAGAGCCGUCGACCACGUCCGCUGCAGCCGCCCCGUCGCUUCCAUCACCCACGGUGCCACCGGCCGCUCCACCACCACUGCAGGCGCCAGGGCUCCUCCUCCUGCUGGCCCACCGGCACCGAUGUUCCCGCCGCCUGAUCAUCCGGCUUCUUCGCCACCCGCCCUGCCGCUUCCCUCGCCUCCACUGCAGCCGCCACCGACGACUCCAUCUGCUCCACCGGCACUUCCACCUCCACCGCUGGCCAACUGAUCCGCCGCCGUCUUCCCCUUCUACGCAGCCGCCACCGGCACCACCAGCUGACCCGCCGGCGCCACCUACUCCACCCCCGCAACCCACACCAUCUGCUCCGCUGGCUCCCCCGCAAUCACCAGUGACGCCUGCUGCUCCGCCGCCGCCGGCGUCUCCUCCUACGCCGCAGCCACCGGCGACACCAGCUGCACCACCGGCGUCUCCUCCAAUACCGCUGCCACCACCUCUGCCACCGGCGACACCAGCUGCACCACCUCCGGCUUCUCCUCCUAUAACGCAGCCACCAAUACCUUCUCCGCCUGCACCGGUGGCGCCGGCCACGCCGUCAGCACCGCCCCCAUCUCCACCGGGGACACCCCCGCCGGUGAUGCCACCUCCGUUGCCUGCGCCAUCAACACCGACGCCGUUGCCGCCAGUAAUCCCUCCACCAUCGCCGCCAGUGAUCCCCGCGCCACCAACAACGCCCACGCCGUCCCCUCUGAUCAUGCCGCCUUCACCAUCAACGCCCGCUCCGGCGCCUCCAAUGCCACCUGCGCCAUCAGUGCCGUCGCCAUCACCGCCACCGGCGCCUGCACCAACGCCCACGCCGUCGCCUCCAGUGACGCCUGCGCCACUGACGCCAUUGCCGCCAUCCCCUGUGGUGCCAGCACCAGCGACGCCGUCCCCUCCUCCUCCCAUGGCGCCGUUACCACCAGGACCCACUCCUCCAUCACCGUCAACACCAGCACCACCAUUGCCGUCGCCGCCUUCUCCCGUGACGCCAGUGCCACCACCAUUGCCGUCGCCGCCUUCUCCCGCGACGCCAGUGCCACCGCCAGUGCCGUCGCCGCCUUCUCCAGUGACGCCAUCUCCAUCAAUCCCAACGCCACCAUUGCCUUCGCCGCCUUCCCCGGCGUCGCCCGAGCCACCAAGGCCGUCACCACCUUCUCCAGUGACACCAUGUCCCCCAGGUGUCCCGGCCCCAAACAUACCACCAUCCCCGCGAAGGGCACCGGAGCCACCACCAGCGACGCCAUCUCCACUCGGGCCAGAUCCUCCAGCGCCGCCCAGACGGCUGCCCUCGCCGUCUCCUGUUCCGCCAUCCCCCCAUGCCCCUCCUGCUCCUCCUGGCGUAAUCCCGUCGCCCCCAAAUGAUGACCCUUCCUCGCCGUCAUUCACACCUCCGGCGCCACCAUCGCCAUCAGCUUCAAAUGGGACUGUGAUCAGCGUCUCCGUGGCCGUCGCAACGGUGGUCGUGCUCGGCCUCAUAGCCGGCCUCAUCUACUGCUGCUUCAAGAAGCGCCGCCAACGCCGCCGCAGCUCUCCGUCCGGCAACGUCUACGGCCCCCGGCUGCCGGUGUCGUCGUCGCACCAGCAAUCAAAGCCGCCGUCGUCAGCGAAGCUACAAUCCACGCCGCAGUCGUACUCGCAGCCGCAGCAGAUGGUGGGCGGCCAGUCGUGGCAGACCAGCAGCGGCAGCGGCGCUCUCUCGGGGGUGGGUCGCCCGGCGCUGGAUUGGCAGCAGAGGUGGAAGAUCGCGCUGGGGUCGGCCAAGGGGUUGGCCUACUUGCACGAGGACUGUGAUCCUAAGAUUAUCCACCGUGACAUCAAGGCGGCAAACAUACUUCUGGAUUACAAUUUCGAGCCCAAGGUUUCAGACUUUGGGUUGGCCAAGAUCCAGCCCGCAGAUGACACUCACGUCUCCACGCGCGUCAUGGGAACCUUCGGAUAUUUGGCGCCGGAGUACGCCACCACCGGCAAAGUAACCGACCGGUCGGACGUCUACUCCUUCGGAGUCGUGCUUCUGGAACUGAUAACAGGGAUGACGCCUGUCCUGUCACCCGAGCCAGACAACGACGAGACUCUGGCUUCUUGGUCAAGGCCUAGGCUGACAAGAUCUCUCGAAGAGGACGACCUGGACGGGCUGACCGACCCGAGCCUGGGCACCGACUACGACGGCGUCGACAUGCGCCGGCUCAUCGCCUGCGCCGCCGCCGCCGUGCGGACUACGGCCCGGUCCCGCCCGCAGAUGAGCCAGAUCGUGCGGUUCCUGGAGGGGCAGGUGUCGGUGGAGGCCCUGAACGCCGGCGUGGCGCCGGGGCAGAGCGAGGUCGUGGACGACGGCGCGGCCGAGCAGCUGCGGCGGAUGAGGCGGAUGGCGUUCGUGCCGGGGACCUCCUCUACCGGAGGCUUCCGCCUCACUGAGAACGUGAGCAGAAGCUACGUGAGCGAGGCGACGAGCGAGUACGGGCUGCACCCGUCGUCGUCCAGCUCCAGCGACGACGACGCCGCCACGAGCGAGGCGGCGGCCAGCGCGCACGGCGCCACUAGCCGGCCGCAGACCGACGUGUCCAGCGCCGCGGGGAGGGAAGGACAGAGGUCCGGCGAGAUCGGCGCCGCCGAGGGCAUGACCCGCCGCACGCGGUCGGGACGCGCCCACGAGUGA